AUGGGGCUCCUCGACCUCCUCAGUCGGAGAUCCAGUACUUGUGACGGCCCUUACGACCGAUCACUAAGCCUUCACCACGACGGUCGUCCCGUAGCGACAUCGUCGACUGCUUUCCGAACGUCGCGCAUUGAACGAUGCCUCUCGCUCGAAAAGCUGCAAAACGCGGCAGAUGGAGAAGUGGACGGCCAUGGCAGUGGCCUCCAAGAAUCAGUGUCGAAACGAUGGUCUCUGCUAGACGCCCGACAAGCGCCAAUGGCCCUUCGAUCACAUUCAAGUCUCAGUAAUAUACAUCCGAGGACGCAGAAGGAAGCUCGUUCCCCGACAACCCAUUCCUUCUCCCGUUUGAGUUCUAGCUUCAAGAGAGCGGCGCGAGCGCCUGCUCAUAUCGACCUCCUGGACGCCCAGGGUGGCAUGAAACCGUUGGAUUUUCGGUCCCGCGUUCAGGCUUCCGGUGUGAGAGACUAUGGUGAAGACGUAGCGGAAAGGAACAUGGGCGAGAACGGCGUCGACGUACAAAGCCCCGCUGCUCAAGACUUUUACCACAGACGACGGCGGGGUUUUGCACCAAGCCCCUCCAUCACCAGCUCGUGCCCGCCAGCCGACCAGUCAAAUUAUGACGGCAGCACCUACGGCGGCAGCGACAUGGGGGACACAUCGUAUACCGAGGACCUGGGCUUUGCCCCGAAACAGCUGUCAAUGCUGUCUCCGGAGCCGAGGCGGGAAGUCAGCGGUGUUGUCGCCGGCCAGCCCCCUUCCCGUCGCACCCAGAGCUGGGAUUCCAGGUGCAUCAUGUCUGCAGGCGGGCCGUCCCUGCAUCGUAGAGGCUAUUGUCGAGAAUAUGCUUGCCCAAUCGACGAGAAUGAGCGUCCGCAAAACCUGGGCCGUCGCUGGGACAGGGACCAGGCCCGGGGCCGUGGCUUCAAGUCCGGCCUCGCAGUCGACGUGUCAGCCUCCAACAAUCUCCAGCACGAUUCAACGCGCGGCGCUGCGCCGGCCAGGUCCAUUUCUCCCCCGGUGGUGCCCAGGUACCGACACGGGAACAAAAUAGCCACAAUGCAAGAGCAAGGCGAUCGCCAGAACACGGACUUUGGGCAUGCGGACGUCUAUGAACCGGAACAUGCUGCAUCAACGGGCCGUGGGCAAGAGACUGGACGCUCCCGGCAAACAGAACAUCACCGGCAUAGGAAACAUGAGCAGAGGAAUCACGAUGCAAGAGCCGCAUACGAGAGCGAGGACUCUGAAUGCGACAUGCCAAUACCCAAUGCCCCCCCUCGGCCCGCAAGGCCUCGGCCCGCACCCGUCGCUCCACCGUCGUACCAUGCCGAGUGGCAGACAGCGGUGCGGCGAGCCGUCGAAGAGUCUUUGGCGCAGAUGCCGUUGUCGGCCGAUCUCAAGUUUCUGCUGGAGCUAUCUCGAAGAGGUCUGUCCCUGCAGGACAUGCCGCACAACGUCGGCCUGCAAAGUCCCGCUGCGCAACGAGGAUCCGUCACAUCCAUGAGCACCCCGACAACGGAUGUGUUUGACUACUCGAGCAUCAGCGCUGGCCGGCCGCAGAGCCGACACACGGCGAGAACCUCGAUCGAUUCCUCGGUGAAGCUCGAGCUGCAUCCCAGGGCCGAUUAUUGCAGCAGCCUGUCGAGGGAGACGGCCCUGGAAAGGGCCAACUGCACGUCCCCAACAAUGUCGACCGUGGAGCACGACGCAUCCUCAUCAUCACGGUCAUUAUCAUCCCCCAGCCCCUCCGCGCCAACGGAUACCAAACCCCAACCGAGCACGGCCGCCGACACUUCAGACCAUGCUCGUGGGGGCCAAGCCAUAAUGGAAACAGACGACUGCGAGUGCCUCACCUCGGACUAUUCCGAUGCCGACUCGUUUGCCGAGAAGCGCCAGCAGCUUGCGAGCGACGGCGAGUCCCUGUUACUCAACGAGGGCAAAUUUGGAGACAUUAGCAACAGCUUGCCCGGCAUCGUAAACAUAGGCGCCGCCGCCGAUUGCAUGAUUUGCAGAAUUCUGGCUAAUCUGCAAGGGGUUCCGCUGCCGACGGGACCCUGCAGCCACAACGGGAGAAUGUCGAAGAAGCAGCGCCUGCAAGCGCUGGGAUACGACUACGAUUCCGACGAGAGCGAACAGGGCGAACAGGGCGACCAGGGCGACCAGGGGGGGCCAGGGGCAGCCAAGGAGACGGCCCCUCCUUGCAGCAGGAAGAAGAAGCUCAUCAGCGGCAGCGGUGGAGGCCUGCGGCGGCUGAAGCUCGUGGACGACCGCAUCGAGGAAGACAGCGAGGAAGAGCGCGACCCGGCCAAGAAGCUGCAGCAAGGGUCCGAACUGCGACGAAAGUCAGGCAUGGGCCUCAGGAUUCCCACGUCGCCUCUUGCCAGCGUCCAUGGCAAGGUUGCGGGCAAUGCCUAA